CUCACCAUGGAAAAGUCCGAGAAGACUGAGGUGGUGCUCCUGGCUUGUGGUUCUUUUAAUCCUAUCACCAACAUGCACCUCAGGCUAUUUGAGCUGGCCAAGGACUACUUGAAUGGAACAGGAAAGUAUAAAGUUGUCAAAGGCAUCAUUUCUCCUGUUGGUGAUGCGUAUAAGAAGAAAGGACUCAUCCCGGCCCACCACCGAGUUAUCAUGGCAGAGUUGGCAACCAGGAAUUCAAAGUGGGUAGAAGUUGACACGUGGGAAAGUCUUCAGAAGGAAUGGAUAGAGACUGUGAAAGUGCUAAGACACCAUCAGGAGAAACUGGAAGCUGUUUACUCUGACAGCCAGGAAGACUCACCAGCUCAGGAGAGACCUGGACGCAAGAGAAAGAGGUCUGAACAAAAACAAGAAUUUAGUCCAAAGAAACCCUUUGAGCUGAAAACAAAAGGUAUGCCAGAGGUGAAGUUGCUGUGUGGGGCAGACUUACUAGAGUCCUUUGGCGUCCCCAGUUUGUGGAAGAGUGAGGACAUUGCCCAAAUCGUGGGAGUCUACGGUCUCAUUUGCAUCACUCGGGCCGGAAAUGAUGCGCAGAAGUUCAUCUAUGAGUCAGAUGUGCUGUGGAAACACCGGAGCAACAUUCACCUGGUGGACGAGUGGAUCACCAAUGACAUUUCUUCCACGAAAAUCCGGCGAGCUCUGCGAAGGGGCCAGAGCAUUCGCUACUUGGUCCCAGAUCUCGUGCAAGAGUACAUUGAAAAGCAUAACUUGUACAACUCGGAAAGUGAAGACAGGAAUGCCGGGGUUAUCCUGGCCCCUCUGCAGAAAAACACCGCAGGUGCUAAGUCAUGA